AUGUAUUUGGUUCCGUCGCUUUCCCGUCGUGAGUUGUGACCGGCUAACUUAAAUUACUGUGCCGUGUUAACAGUGGAAUUGGAAGGUAAGCGUUUGGAGGCAGUUGAUUCGAGCUGUUAGAUAUUACAUUUUGCAACGCUGUCAGAAGAUGCAAAUAACAAGUGCAAGAGGUUGCCGAGUAAAGAGGCCGGCGUUUUCAGCAUACGUGUAAACAGGCCCUAAACAAGCGCUUACUCAUCUUUCCUUUGCUUAUAUUACGCUCGCAUCUGUUGUAUUUGGUUCCGUUGCGUUCCUGUUGUGGGUUGUGACCGGCUAACUUAAAUUACCGUGCCGUGUUAACAGUGGAAUUGGAAGAUGAGCGUUUGGAGGCAGUUGAUUCGAGCUGUUAGAUAUUACCUUUUUCGACACUGUCAAAAGAUGCAAAUAACAAGUGCGAGAGGUUGCCGAGUAAAGAGGCCGGCGUUUUCAGUGUGCGCUGGUAACCACUCCACAAUCAGGUGAUAGUCUAGCGGAUCACAGCAAAUUCUCUAUGACAUUUUCUGCAAAAUGAAAACAUUACAUCUAAAUUGGAAAAUUUUCCGGUGUUUUUUGGCCUAAUAACUUUGCAAGUUAAAACAUGUAAUUUCUUUUUGUUUUGCUAUAUCCGUGAUAUCUCAACAAUGUCUAGGUCUCGGGGGAAUCAUUUUCUUCUUGUCUUCACGUGACUUUAAAUGGAAAUCAUGAGGCUAACAGCAACUAGAUCGUGGCAACGAUUAAACAAUUACUAGUAGACCACGUGCUUUUGAGACUUUGUAGCCUUUUCUCAGCGCUCCUCUCUGCAAUGCAUCAAACUUCGAAUCAACAAAUUUCGCAUAAAUAACGUGUACAGGCGUAUGAUUUAAUUUUAUUCACCUUCACUAAAGGAAUAGUGACGAAAAUUCUCUUGUUUACAACUCCGACAAACUCCUAUUACUUCAGGGUGCAAAGCUGAAAGCAGACGGCAAGAAAUGAAUUGUUUUUCCCUUUUGAAAAAGAAAUAUUCUUUACUGCCCUUUCAAGGGUAACGUCUUCACCUCUGUUUCAGGGAAGGCUAUCGAUGUUGUCUCGUAAAGGGGGCGUGCCAAUGGUGUAUCUGUUCCCUUAGCUCAAGGGUCAAAUCAAAGGAAAUUAAAAACGCUUUAAACAAAUAUUGGACCAGACGACAGAAACCAAUUUCGCUCUUUCGGUUCUUCGUGAUUGAUUAAUAGACAACCUAACUACGAACGAGAGAAAUUACUUGAAAACUAGGAACAAGUACGGAAAAUUUGGUAAUUUUCGAUCAUCUCAACAGAAACUUAGAAAAUUCAGAUAAACACCUAAACUUACGACUCAACUUUCAAAAUAUCGCAACGAUUUCGCCUUCUUUAUUUUAAUUUUUAAGCAACUAAUUGAAGUUCUCUGCAUCUUCAAGGCCCAACCAAAAAGAACUAAAGUUACGUUUCCAAAUUUAUCCACCCAACAACAAUGAUCUUCGUGGUAAGGUCGUGUUGUAGAGCGCUUGACUGCCGUGCGGAAGGUUGUGGACUCAAGCCCUGGACCGGACCAACACCUGAGCCUUAAAAUAACUGGGGAGAAUGUUCUUUCUUUGCUAUGACAUCCGAAAUGGUUAAGCAUUCUAGUCUUCACCGAUAAGGACAAUAUCUGAAACCGUAGGCCCCGUCUCCUGCAUCAUCUCUGCACUGGUUAGCAAGGGACGUUAAAGAACUUAACGCCCUUCUCGCAAAGAGUUGGGAACUUGGUUUCCGGUAUUGUGGUCUGGCCUAGUUUUGUUUAUGCAGGCCCCAUUUAAACCAGCUUUAAACUGAAGCUGAACUGGGCCAGCCUGUCUAUAAAUCGCAAAUAAAUAACUAAAAUAAAAUGAAUAAAUAAACAAACCUUUUCCAUUCAGCCAAUUGUUACAAGCAAAAAGUGCAUAAAAAGGGUGUACCUCAAGUAAGUAGCUUUCCUGUACCUCUUAACUGAUUAUGUCAAAUGUGAAAUUUCCCAUACACUCUCUCCACAAGCAUAUCAGAUGAUAAUGUCUCCAAGGAAGACCUAUCAAAUACUGAACUUGAGACCCUAACUUCAUUAUGCAUAUUCGCCAUAUAUUUCUGUAUACUUAUCUUAAAGUGCUGAAAAGGAGAAUUUAUUCAACAAUCACGAGCUUCUUUAGUUGGUGAUCAUUUCUUUAUUUUUCUGGCCUUAACGUUCGAUUCAGUGGUGAUAUUGUAAGGAGAAAUUAGAUGCUAGUCUCUCUUAGGGGGUCAUAAGGUUAGGAAUGUUUAAAGUUGCGCAGUUACGCCAGAAGGACUAUGUACAAGCCUGCGUGACUGACCAGUUUAUUUCGUUUGAGCAUUUGUGAGUUAUGACUUUGAAAUAUUAGGCGGCUUCAAGCUACUUUUGCACUACUUAACCUACGUGAUUAAGGCUACGAACAUCUUAACUUGAAAAACAAAAGAAUUGUGCUUUAAUAGCUUUUAAUAAGUGUUGUGAAUGCUUAGGUUCUUGCAGAAAUAUAUUCGCUGAAUCAAUCUGCUCUCAAAAAUCAAAAUGACAGAAGGUAUCAAUGAACGGGAGACGUGGAGCUCGAAGUUCGACUUCAUCCUUGCUCUGAUGGGAUUUUCCAUUGGGCUCGGUAACAUUUGGCGGUUUCCUUAUCUGUGCUUCAAGAACGGUGGAGGUGAGUCUGAUUUACCUGUUAUUGUUUCUGUGAGAGUAGUAAGAAUACUGAGUCUUUGUAACUUAUGGGGCUAGAAUCAGCGGGAAAGAGGACGCCAGACGCAAAUUGAGACAAUUUUCUCAGUCUCUCGGUAGGUGAACGUUGGAUAUAGAAUUUCGACCGAGGAAGGGGGGGUUAAUCCGGCGAUGGGCUACUUUAGCAUCCUGUUCAUUAGGUUUGCAUGGUGCUUACCCCAGCCGCCUCAGUCUUACGAAACCGGGAUAAGAUUUGUUUAAGUGGGUCACGGGCCACCUGGCGCGUUAUACUUGUUUUUCAUUUCGAGGACUUGUGUUUGAAGAGAAUGUGUUUCUAAAACUCCUGGGGACUGCUUCAUGGGUACUGAUCUUUACCCCAGGCCUGUUUUAUACUCUCGGAAAGUAGGAACAAUCUAAAAAGGCAUUAUUAUUCUUCUUGUCCCUUGAACUAUUUUGGUAAAGUUUUUUAAGGCUAUUGCUUAUGAAUAGAUGAAGCGCAUAAUUUUUUUAUUCAAAUUUCUCUCCAAUAUAACGCCCAGUCGUAUAUUAAGCCCAAGAAAGAUGACCGUUGUAAAUCAUGUCUUUUAAUUUUUACGGUAUUUCUCAACGUCCUAGGGUGUUUUCUCAUUCCCUAUUUGAUUUGUCUGAUCGUGGCUGGUGUCCCUGUUUUGGUCAUGGAAAUUGGUUUGGGACAGUACACAAGUCAAGGUGGAAUCACAGCCUGGAAAAUAUGUCCAAUAUUUCAAGGUAAGAAGUCCUCAAAACCUCACUCCUCAUCCGGCAUUCUGAUUCACGUUCUUUCUCUGUCCACUCUCGCGCGCCACGAAAUGUCACGGAGUUGUAAAACACAUCAGUUUAAAGAAGUUACUUAAAAGGCAGUUCUUUACGUAGCUACGUCACGCUUUGUGGAUCCUGAAAACUUUCGACGAAGCUCGUCAUUAUCAUUCCGUUUCGAUCUUUAUUUAUUCUCUUUAUUCUUACACAACUUAAUUCUUCCUUUGUUUAGAAUGGUUUAUUUUAUGCUUUUCUGUUUCAUUUAGCUGUUAUCUUGCCGUUCGUCACCUUCAAGCUGAAAGUCAAAAGUGACUGAAAAUAUCGUUCUGUCGAUUUGUUGAUGUGAUUUUGCUAUAAAAGAAGCUAUGAAGCCAGAUUGGGACAUUAGACCAAUGUUUAGUGGAUUCUUUGUUCCCCGUUGAAUAAGUUUGACUUCAAAUGUAGCAUGAAUUACGCCACAUUCAGGCUGAGUGAAAUUUUUUAAAGAAACUACAGAAAUUUAGGCAUGCAGAAGUUUUCAUCAGGCUUUAAUAUUGCGAUUAACUGAGUCCAUUUCCACCCAUUUUGCGACGCCUUUUGUCUGUUUGCGGUAAUUUUCCUCUGCCAAGAGAAGAUUUCGACGUCUGGAUGUCUUGUUAGCGGCUUAGGUUAUUUUGAAGGUCUUAUCAUUGCGGAGAACUCAAAACUCGCAGGAAAUUUGAGUAUGUGUUUACCAUCUACCAGUGAGGAUGCAUUUAUCAAUUAAAUUGUUUGCUCUCCAGGUAUUGGCUACGCUGGGGUCCUGGUUAUGCAAUACAUUAACAUUUAUUAUACCGUGAUUCUUGGCUGGGCCUUUUAUUACAUGUUUGCCUCGUUCCAAUCCAAGCUGCCGUGGUCACAUUGUGGAAAUGAAUGGAACACAGUAAAUUGUGUAGACGGCAGUGUAAAACGAAACAGCUCCUUACAAAAUACCUCCGCUAUCGCAGGUGUUUCAGCAAGUCAGGAAUACUGGGAGUGAGUGAUGUUUGUAUCAGUCGAGGAACACUGAAUUCUAAUUUAUUCUAUAUUUCUUGACGGCUAUUAUAUAAACCGAAUAUGUGAAAUUCAUCUAAACGCCGCAAUAGUUAUGUAAAACAUGGUUUGUAUACGCUUUCAGUCCAGUGCAAUUGCGCAACCGUGUUUGUACUCUUAUGACACGUGUAUACACUUUGAAGCACAGGAGAGGGAGUUUCCCUUCAUACAAAACUUCCACUUCCACUUUUAAAAUUUAGAUAAACAAUUCACUAGUUAUGUUUCGCUAUUUUAUUAAUGUCAUUGUUUCUUCAUCAAAAUAGCUACAGAGUUCUGCGAGUUUCUGGUGGCUUGGGUGAACCGGGGCAAGUGAACUGGGACCUAGCUUUGUGCCUGCUGUUGGCUUGGAUCGUUUGUUAUUUGUGUGUAUGCAAAGGAGUCAAGUCUAGUGGGAAGGUAAUUGUUCUUUUUCUUUUUAAGUUGCUCAUUAAUCAAAAGGGCUUAAGACUUUUAAUUUUCGUCUGUCGAUCAUCGACUAGUCUACCUGUCUGUCUGUCGGAGUGCUGCGAUUUGUCUAAAGAUCUGUCUGUACAUCGUUCGUCUGUCAGUCUGUCUGUCAGUCUGUCAAUCUAUUAGUCUAUUAGUCUAUUAGUCUGUCAAUCUGUCAGUCUGUCGUUCUUUUUGUUUCUUUGCCUGCCCUUCUGGUCAUCGGUGUUUUUAGCUAGGCACGUACUUUCUUUUUACCUUUGACACUCAAUCCACGUUUAGUUGUAAUCUAUCUUUAUAAUUUAGAUCUCUUUGGUUAUGGCUGUCAGUAUCUUGAUCAUUCUUGUGGAGUACAUUUCUCGAUUAAUCUUCUGCGAUAUUUUUUAUUCUUAUAAAAACACUUGUCUAAUUUUUUGCAGGUUGUGUACUUCACUGCUACAGCUCCAUAUCUGCUGCUGACCGCAAUCUUGAUCCGCGGUGUCACUUUACCGGGAGCCGUCGAUGGAAUAAAAUUUUAUCUGACCCCUGAUUUGUCAAGACUUGGUGAUGGCCAGGUAGGCUGUUAUUUUAACGAGGCCAGUGAAACAGGCCUCCCUCUGCAUUAAACUUAACCCACUAGCUCCAAAGAAUGACCAAGACCUAAUUUCUCCUUACAAUAUCAAUACCAAAUCGAGCAGACAAUUGAUGAAAACAAAGCAAAAUAUCAAUCAGUGGAUUAUUAGUCGUAUGAUCCAAUACCAAGUUCUCAGAACAAACGUUAUUAAAAUUUUAUGGCAUACAGUAAGGAAAAUUAUUUAUGAGAUCUUGGGAGUGAAAGGAUGAAGCUGGCUUCUGUCUAUUAAUUAUGCACGCGGCCGAACAUGCAAAAAAAUGGCAUGAGCUGUGAAACUAAAACUGAAAUAUUUUCUGUCCAUCCUAUUUCGACGGAAUUUUGUUAACGAUCAGCUAAAAACUGUAACUGGUUUCGGCUUAUCCUGUAGUUGUGACUUCCGACCUAUCCUAUCUUGCGAAAUAUCGCCAAACUUACUUAAGUCAACUUAGUCAUUCUUGACGUAAUCAUUCUGAGCUUCAAACUUUUUAUUUCAUGGUUAUAUGUAAAUCUUGAUCCCGAUCACAGUUAAGGAUCCAUGGUUCGUUCAUAUGGUUCGCCCAAAAAUUUCACAUUUGUGUGAGAUUUUGUUUUUAUGUUUUCAAAUUGUACAGCUUAUUCAAAAUUUAAUUUGAAAACUGAAAUCAAAUAUCUUUCCAGGUUUGGCUCGAUGCUGGCACCCAGGUAUUUUUCUCGUAUUCCAUUGGCAUGGGAACCAUGACAGCACUCGGGAGCUAUAACAAAUUUAAGAACAACUUUUACAGGUAAGGCAGUAAUAGUACUUAUUAUCCAACUGCACAAAGUAAGAGUAUAAAUAACGCGCGAAAAGAAUACAAAUAUCUUGCGAUAUUGUACGGUUAUUUGGACAGUUGGUUAUUUUGUACUAUAAAAAACCUGUUUAACCAGUCGGCUGCGCGCGCUACGCUUCUCUAUCCGAUUUGCUUUUCCCGCCUUAUGAGAAACGAACAGAAAGACUUAGCAGAAAAAAUAAGCAGUUGGAUAAUAAGUAACUUUUUAGACCUUUUGGUGUAUAGUAUCGCUGAGAAUUUUGACAAGCCUGUAGGAAUACAUUUAUCAAGAGAAUAUCAGUUAAUAUUCUCUUGUACUGAUCAAAUGACCGUUAUAACCCUGCGCGCCCUUUCUUUGACAAAAAUCCCUCAUGAUAAAAGCCAUACGCGUUAGCAAAAGCAGGACCAUACGUCCUGCGAACAUAAGCGUUCUCAGCUCUCGGUCAUGACGCACGGAGCUCUUUAAGAUAAGUCUGUACUUCAUAGCGUCGAGCCAAAUAUUCUCCCCUCCAACCUCUUCCCCCUUACAACCAUAAAUUACAUAACUUUCGUUGGAGAAAAUGAAGGAAAAACUGUUUUCAAUUAUGAUCGGAGACAGAAUUCUGUUUUUUUUCCUCAAUGUAGAGAUUCCAUCAUAUUUACCCUCUGUAACAGUGGAACAAGUUUCUACGGCGGAUUUCUCAUCUUCUCUGUGUUGGGCUUUAUGGCUAAAAAUCAAGGAGUGACAGUUGAGGACGUUGCUAAACCAGGUUAACAAUAUUUACAAAGUUGCCAAGGAAACUUGACGAAAUGUGACAUAAAUCGUCUGACAUUUUUACAAAGUAAACUGUACAGCACUUUAUACUUGUAUAUGUACUCAAAAAAGCUCCGCGACACUUAAUUAACUCUUCGCACCUUCGAUGCGACGCUUAUUUAAAGGAGCGCUUAUUAAAAAAUUGGACACGACAAUGAAAUAUUCUCUUUUCAUUUCAAAUGUAAUUUUAUAGAAAAUUUUACAGAAACAAACGGCGGCGUCUUUUGAUUGUCACCAUUUGUGGCUUCCAGCACUUUUCAAUUGCAUUACCAGGGUGUCUUCGCUCAACUUAGUUCUAACUAAAUCUGUGAAUUUGAAACGAUUUUUGCAUUCAGUUCGCCCCAGAUGUUCGACUGCAUAUGAAACAGAGAUAAGUUAAAGUUAACGAUAAGUUAAAGGAUUCAGGAUUUGAAUAAGCGCUGUACUGUGACCGAGGGCCUUAAGGGCGCGCCUUUCAACUUUUUCGUUCCAAAUGCGACACUUAUUUAAGGGGGGCGUUUAUUCAGGAGUGGCGCUUAUGCGAGAAAAUAUGACACGCACGUCAUGACACGCUAAGCCGAGCGUGUCACAAAUUUGCAGAUAUGUGUAUGUUUAAUGAGAGGAACAGAGACAGACACGGUAACUUUUCUUUAGCGGUGUGCUUUAUGAUACGCUCAACGUGUAAAAUGACACGCGUGUGAUAUACAUUGCUUUAAACCUCUGUUAUUUACCCUUUAGGUCCUGGACUGGCCUUUGUAGUUUAUCCAGAAGCUGUAGCUCAAAUGCCUCUAUCUCCUUUGUGGUCUGCUCUGUUUUUCUUCAUGGUAAUUUUACUGGGCCUGGACAGUGAGGUAUAGACGUCACUAAUCAACCCAUAGAGCAAUUAUCACUUUAGUUUCGAUUGUAAUCUGGGAUUGUUAGAGUAUAUCUCGAGAUAACCCUGAUUGAAAGCUGUCGCAUUCAACGUAUAAACUGUGAAUGAUGCGACGGAAUUCUUUUCUGGAACCCCUGAGGAAAACGGCUUUUGUUGAUACUGAUUGGUGAAUUUAAAUGGUCAAAAUACGAAAAGAUAAAGAGAAGACUCUUCCUUAAAUUGUUAAAUAAAACAAUCGUGAUUUUUAUGCAACAGAGCUUGCAUGCACGUGCUUCCAAACUUCAAUAGAGUCUAGUCAUUCACUGCUUUUUACCCUGUUACAAGAUAUACAACCUUUGUACAAAUUUUUCAACAGCCAAACGUGCUCUCCCUAGUGGAAAAAUUUAUUAAUCCUGUGUCAAACGAACAAAAGAAUAUACAGUUGUUGGAACGCAUAUAUAUGAACAAAAAUGCAUUGCUCUGGUUGCCGAGGCUGUUUCAAAUUGUCAAAGUUUUUUUUCAUAGACCAACAUUCCCAGAAAUAAUUGGUUGGGAUACUUCUCCAGAACAACGUCCAUGACAAUCUUUUUUCACCCUCUUCCCCUUUCAAUUUCCUUAAAUCCAAAUGUUACCAUGCAAAACAACAUUGAAAGGGACGAGAGAGAGGGGGAGAAGAGGGGUAGGGGGGCAGUAGCUGUUCGGGAGGGAGGGUCUCUGAUAAUCUGAUAACCUUUUGCUCAUCUGAGGGAUGUAUAAUGCAGAAGCAAUUUCACGUCAAAAUCUCGUUAAAGGACACCGACCAUUGUAAACUACAAAUGCUACACGCACAGUUUCCUUUAUAAUCUUUUCCCAUACUUUUCGUCUGGAGUCUGCAAUCACUGAUUUUUUUUUAUUUCUUCAUAAAUUAAGUUUGUAGGUAUCGAGGGUGUUGUGACCGCCGUUGUGGAUUUGUAUCCUCACUACCUGAGGCGCGGCUACCGCAAAGAAAUGUUUACCGCUUUUGUCUGUGUGAUCUGGUUCCUCCUUGGGCUAGCUAUGGUUACUGAGGUAUAUCGACACUCAUGAUUGCUUAGCUGUUGAAAGUUAGCGUAUACCGUGAGGGUUACAAAGAGUGCGUCCUGAUUAUGUUAGGCGCAGUAAUUUUCGAAAAAUUCACGCUUCACAUAUAUCAAAGGAAAAACUUCAAAUCUAUUUUCAUGUGUACAUCAGGGAAAUCUAGAGGUUUCCAUGAAAUGAAAGAAAAAAUGCGCGGGUAACGUAUAUUUCUAGAGGCAAAUCACGCAUCACGCUAUGAAUGAACAAAUCACAGCCGCUUUUCCGUAAAAUUCACGCGUCACAUUUUUGGCCGUGACCUUAAUUAAUCACGCCUCUUAAGCUUGUGGACACCGUUUACUGCCCCCUACAGCUUACCAGUGUGCAUGUAAAAUAGAUUAAUCUUUAAACUGGUGGCUGGAGUUUAUAAUUUAUGGCUAAGGAAGGUAAUCCUCAGAGCAAGAAAUAAUCUCACUCAGGGAGUUACUUCCAAAAAUAUACUAAUUUUUGUCUCACCCCAGUCCCUUUUCACCUUUGUCCACUUGGCCUGAAAAAUUCAGGUCCUCCACACAAGUCCAUGUACUACUGUAGAAAGAUAUCCUCACUGUAUAGUAACCAAAUAAAAGCUAAUGGGGACCCAGCAUAUUAACUUUGUUCCACGCUCGUGACAUGACGAAAAACAUGUUUCUCUAUUUCUUUACCGAGCUUAAAACUUACCUUCUUUUUUAUUCUAUUUACAAAUCAUGAAUGAAAACCUUUUGCCAGGGAGGAAUGUACGUUUUCCAGUUGUUUGAUUUCUACUCUGGAAGCGGAUCAGUACUAUUGUUGGUGGUCAUCUGUGAAUGUGUGGCUAUGGGAUGGCUAUAUGGUAAGAAACAAUCCAACGUUUGAGUAAUGACUAAUAUUUUUUUUUCUUUAAAAUUCGAAUCGGUUUGUUAUAUAGAGUAGAAGCUUUGUUGGUCUUAUGGUAAGUGUUCCACCACCCUCCUCAGAAUGGUCUGAGCAUGCGCCAUGAACGGCGGGCAAAGUUUUGCCCCGCGUCACACUCCUGCCUCACAGUACCUCAUGUAAAUCCAAGAGCAUAAAAGAAACACCGAAAGAUUGUAAGGGGAGCGUCACAACAUGCUGAGGGUUACCUGGAAUACACUAGUGUCCCAUGGGGGAGGGGGGAGAGGGAGGGGCUAAGAAUAGGCUUAAAGACAGGCUGCGUUUAUUUUGUGCUUCAUCACGUCAUCACGGGUAGAAGUGCCUUGAAAUGAUAGCACAGUUUUUACCUUAGAGUCUUCCUCUAAAACAAUCAUGUAGACCCUUAACCAUAGAAACUCCUAGCAAUUAUUUGCGGAGCAAGUCUUAACUAACACUGAAUAAAUGUCAAAAAUAACUCUGGGCAGUGGUCAACAGGGAAAUUGCGUGCAGCGUAACGUUCAUUUUGUAUUUAUACUCCAACACGAAACUUUGAAGAAAUGUGUCAAACUAUACACAGGUCGCCGUCGUUUUUAUGACAAAAUGGAAAUCAUGCUAGGAUUUCGCAUCAAUCCAUGGAUUGGUUGGUGUUGGUGUUUUCUAGCGCCAAUGUUUUGUUCGGUAAGUUUCUGGUAUUUAAUAAACAUACUAAACAGGUGAAUCAAAAUGCAAAAAAUGCUUGAAGGUGUCCUUCAGUAUCAUGUUGAUUAAAUUGGUGAUUGGAUUGAGGCCUUAAGCUGCCGUAUCUUUAUUUCCAAGCUUUAACUUAUCUAAAAGCAUUGUCAAGGAAUGUAAAGAAAACAUUCCUCGAACAAAAGCGAUGAAAAAUUUGCGACACGUAGAGAGCGAUUAUGUAUAUUGUGAGAACUGAUUUGUUCAUUGUAGUUAAUAGUCUUUACAGGGUUACUUACUUUCUUCCACAGAAGAAGGACGUAUUUUAUAGACGUGCCUAGGAUGCACAACUCCCUAAACAUUUUAGCUUUAUGAACUGUCGUAUUUUAAUUGUUAGCGCCCUGAUCGUUAACCUACAACUAGGCAUGUGAAUAGUCGAAGAGGACCCCUGGUGUGUUCCUAACAAGGCACCUGGCCUCUCUCCAUACAGAAGUGUAAAUAGGCACUUUCAGACUCUCAGAGAAAGCUACUAAAAUUCAGUGGGAGGGGGGUCACUUGUUAUAGACAUUACCCUGUCCAGUCCCUGCCUGCUUUUGAAAUAGGAGUAAUCUCCGGUAGCAAUCGGCCAUUAAGUUUGUGUCGCAAAGUUCCUUGGCGUUAGAGAGUGCACGUGCUGAAGAUACCAUGUGGGCUGGUGGUAACUAAAUGAAAAAACGUGUCCGUUUCUUAUAAAUACUUUAAAUGAUUAUGCAUUGAUUUUAAUAUGCAGUUCAUCUUCAUCUUUAACCUGGCAACAUAUAAGCCAUUGACUUACGGUCAGUACGUUUAUCCCGCGUGGGGCCAAGCUAUUGGUUGGUUGUUGACGGCAUCGUCAUUGACCUGCAUUCCGGCUGUGAUGAUUUACAAACUCAUCAAGACCACAGGAACAAUCAGAGAGGUACAUGAUUCGUUAAUCAUAGCGUCCUACCCAGAAAUUGUUUUGCAGUGUGCAAAGGGGCAAACACACUAAGAGCACCUUCCUCUAAAAACUUGCUUCGCUCAUUUUGAAGCAGCGAUCAGUGAAGCUCCAAUCGAACAGCAACCAAGACAUUCGAAAACAGACACACUCUCGAAUUCGUUUCAUUAUUUUCAAUUUAUAAAUCCAAGGACACACGCACGAGCAUUACGUGAUGCGUGGAGCUCGUCCUUCGAUAACUUUUUUUUUAAUUAAAUAGUUAGUUGUGCCCGUGGGCAAAAUGAAGCGAAUCUUGUGUUCUGAUUGGCUAUCCGAGCGGGCAAUAUGGGCCUAUCUUGCUGCUUCGUCUCGGUCCAUCAAAACACAAAAGAACUCGACGAACAUUGAGUGUUCUAGACCUUACAUUAGGUCAAUCGAUAUAAAAGUGAUCACGUACUUUCUUUAAAAACUUCAAAUUUUUAUUCCAGGCAUUUAUUUAAUCAGUUUGCUUUCAAUCUCUUUAUCAAAAUUAUCGCGCUUUCGGUUCUGAUAUCGUCUAAAAGAAAACAGUAUUAAUGACCAUUGGAUGGUAUGGGCUUAUCGUCUACACAGCAGUUAAGCUACUAUCAGUUGAUUGCAAGAGAAUAUCAACUGAUAUCAGUCAAUAUUCUCUUGUUUAUGUGCUCUUGGUUGAUAGUCACUAACCGGCGCAAGGCCAGGUAUUUUUGUGAAUCGUGGUGAAAAUCUUAGAAUAGGACAGGUGAAAGUUCUGUUAAUACUGAUAGACUUCCUUUUUUUCACAGCGUUUGAACAAGUUGAUUAUACCUGAGAUUGAGGAGGACAGGGAAGAAACUGAACUUGAAGAUUUUAAAGGAAAUCAGAUUCUUCCGUUGACAACAGAGAACGAGAAAAUUGAACAGAAGGCCUCAUAAAUACGCCGAUGCACUUUCUUCUUUGUUGAAAUAUAUACAACCUUGUACUUGAAAUCAUUUUUUGUAACAAAUCUUACAGAUGUUAAAAAAGGAUAAUCUUUUAUGAUGUAUGGAAAACUCAGCUGGAGAUAUAGAGAUAACAGAGUUAUAUAUCUUCAAACUCCAUAAUUUUUGUUGAAACACACUCUUGGAUCACCACGCCAUUUCAUGUAAAGGAUGAUGGACAAAACACUGACCCCCAGUCCACGGACCACGAUGGACCAUCCAAGUGAAGUGGCUUAAAAUAGACCAACCCUCCAAAAUACUAUUUUAUUUCAGUUCUAUUGAAAGCUC